AUGUCGCCCGCCGAGCAGACCCAGGCCAGCUUCUUCGCGCCCAUCGGCGAGACCGCCGCCCGGCUCGCCCACGCCGCCGAGCAGCCCGAUGCCGCCGAGGAGCACGAGGAGGAGUGCAUGCCCGAGGGCGUCGACUCGAUCGAAAGUCUGUGCAUGCAUUGCGGGAAAAACGGCAGGACGCGGAUGCUGCUCACCUCGAUCCCCUUCUUCCGCGAGGUCAUCGUCGUCUCCUUCCGCUGUCCGCACUGCCACCACGCAAACAACUCGAUCCAGUCCGCCGGCCAGAUCCAGCCGCGCGGGGCGGUCUACACGGUCAAGAACGUGCAUCGGCCGGCGGACCUCAACCGGCAGGUGAUCAAGUCUGAGCACGGCGUCGUGCGGAUCAAGGAGCUCGAGCUGGAGAUCCCCAAGGGCCACGGCAAGAUGACGACGGUCGAAGGCCUGCUGCGGGACACGAUCGACGACCUCAGCCUCAACCAGCCCGCCCGCAAACAUCUCGACCCGCUCGUCCAUGCCAAGAUCGACGAGCUGCUCGCCCGGCUGGCCGAGGUGCUCCAGUUCCGCGCCCAGCCGCUCACCAUCGAGCUCGAGGACAUCACCGGGAACAGCUUCAUCGAGGCCAUCGACGGGCUCAACGACCCGCACUGGACCAAGCGCGAGUUCCUGCGCUCCCCCGCACAGAACGCCGAGCUCGGCCUGGCGCCCCAGUCGGCCGGCCAGGAACAGCCACCCGCGGGCGGCCUGACCGACGACUACGAGGGCGAGAACCCGGAGGAGGUCUACUCGUUCCCGGCCACCUGCGGCUCGUGCGGCCACACCCUCAACACGCGCAUGAAGAAGAUCGAGAUCCCCCACUUCAAGGAGAUCAUCCUCAUGUCGACCAACUGCGCCCACUGCGGGUACAAGGACAACGAGGUCAAGUCGGCCACCGCCAUCGCCCCCAAGGGCACCAAGCUCGUCCUCAGGGUCGCCGACAAGGAGGACCUCGCCAGAGACAUCCUCAAGUCCGACACCGCCGAACUCACCAUCCCCGAGAUCGACCUCCAUCUCAACCCGGGCACCCUCGGCGGAAGGUUCACCACCCUCGAGGGCCUCCUCACCCAGGUCUUCGAGGAGCUCGACCAGAAGGUCUUCGCCACCGGCGACUCGCUCUCCACCGCCUCUCCCGCCCACCCCUCUCCCGGCCCCGAGGAGGGCCAGAACCACUCGAAAUCGUCCAUGAAGAUCUUCAUGGACAAGUUCAAGGCCAUCCUGUCCGUGGACACCCCGUUCACCGUCAUCCUCGACGACCCGAUCUCCAACUCCUUCGUCCAGAACAUCUACGUCCCCGACGACGACCCGGCCAUCGAGAAGACCGAGUACGAGCGCAGCUUCGAGCAGAACGAGGAGCUCGGACUCAACGACAUGCGCACCGAAAACUACGCCCCAUCAUCAUAG